AUGGAAGUACAUACAGGAGAGACGCCAUUUGAAUGUGGGGACUGUGGAAAGAAAUUUAAAACCAGUGACGAUUUGAGAGCACAUUUAAACAUACCAUAUUCAUGUGAACAUUGCGGAGAGAAAUUUAAAGAUAUUAGCACCUUGAAGACACAUUUGAGUGUACAUAAAACAUGUGAAUGUGAACAUUGUGGAAAGAAGUUUAAAGACAGUCGCACCUUUAAAAAACAUUUGAUAAUACAUGAAAGAGAAAGAAUAUAUGGAUGUGAACUAUGUGGACAGAAGUUUAAAGAAAGGAGUACUUUAAAAUCACAUAUGAUAAUACAUUCUGAAGAAUUUCCAUAUGGGUGUCAAGAUUGUGGAGAGAGGUUUAAACACAAUGACAAUUUG